AUGUAAUGCAAUUUUUGAUUAAUUUGAUGCAUCCUUGCUGACUAAAACUUUUGAACAGUAUUAAAUGAAAAUAUAACAUCAGGAAGCAAAAAACAAAAAUAUGCAUGUGUUGCUUUACUGUAGUGGUCCAGGCAGAUUGAUACAGGUUAUGUUCAGAACUGGGGCUGGUGUUUUGACAUGUAUAUGGAUUUGUUUAUAAUGGAUUCCUCUCGAAGUAUAUAUGAACAAAAACCACCUCAGAGUCAGUAUAAAUGAGACAUUUAAAUGGCUCUGACAGUGCAUUGGCUCCCAAGGCACCAGAUUGUUCAUUAUUCUUUGCCUGUCUCUGUCUUUUGCUCUUGUCUUGCUCUUUUGCUGGUCUUAAUUUGCUGCCACGACCCACGAUACAGACAGCGAGGAGAAGUAGAAUGAGUAGAAGUGCCCUUCAUCGUGACGUGCAGAUUAGAUGAGAUGUUUUGUGGUUUGUUAUGGGCUGGGUUAUUAAGGUUUGUGAGGUUGCAGAAUAUCUUAUAUUCAGUAUCUUAUUAAUUCCGGUUUUGAUGGAGAAGGAUGUUUUUCUUCUGUUCUCUCUCUCUCUCUCUCUCUCUCUUGUUCUUUGUUGUAGCAGAUGGAGAAGUAUGUAUUGGAUGGAGUCAUGUUGGGUCAUGAUUGCUGAUGAGACACACCUGUGUUACCAAGUGCCCUCUGCCCUCUCCCUGUCCAGACAUAUUUUUGUCAUACUCACUGGUUACAUUUAUUCUUUAGUAAUACAAAGAGCUUUGUGUGUGUGUGUGUGGGUGUAGACAGUUGCACACAGUACUCAAGAGUAUGAAGAUGAAGAUUAACACAAACCUUAAAGACCAUCUGAGUCAAUGGCAUAUUGAGAUUAUAUCAGUUACGGAGAAGGAAGUUCAGCAGUGGUAUAAGGGUUUUAUUAAAGAUUGCCCCAGUGGUCAGUUGGACGCAGCUGGCUUUCAGAAGAUCUACAAGCAGUUCUUCCCCUUCGGCGACCCCACCAAGUUUGCCACCUUUGUCUUCAAUGUCUUUGACGAGAACAAGGAUGGACGCAUUGAGUUCUCAGAGUUUAUACAAGCUCUGUCUGUCACAUCUAGAGGGACGCUGGAUGAAAAACUCAGAUGGGCCUUUAAACUUUACGAUCUUGAUAAUGAUGGCUACAUAACCCGAGAUGAGAUGCUGAACAUUGUGGACGCCAUUUACCAGAUGGUGGGGAACACAGUGGAGUUACCUGAGGAGGAAAACACACCAGAGAAAAGAGUCGACCGCAUCUUUGCUAUGAUGGAUAAGAAUGCAGAUGGGAUGUUGACUCUUCAAGAGUUUCAGGAGGGCUCCAAGGCGGACCCCUCUAUUGUACAGGCACUCUCCCUUUAUGAUGGCCUGGUAUAGGCCCAUCUCAAAGUGUCGUUCAGUAAUCAAUACAAUACAUUUAUGUCAUUCUGCUGGCACUGUGAGAAGAAAGCUGACCUGUCACCAAUCUCUUUGGCCUGCCAACACGAAGGUGCAUUGUGGGUGCUGCUCUUGAGAGGGGAUCAGCUGUCAAUCACUCAUCUCCACUGUCACUGGAAAACCAAAAGCCGCUCAAGACAACGCAAACCCUUCCAGAACUCAUUUGGGAAGAUUGAUGUACAGUAAAAGAACCUAAUGAGAUCUGAUGGGUUCAGUGCCCUUUUUGUAAAGAAAAAGAGACACUCAUACGGACAGUGACUUUGAGGGCAUCCACAUCAGUGUUAUUAAAUGUAAAACUCAAAUAUUCUAAAGACCAAUGUAUGAGUUCCUUAUAUUGCUGUGGUCUUUGUAAUAAGUGAUAGGGUGGACUAGCUGGAUUUUGGUCUAGCCUUCACUACUACAUGAUGAAGGAAGAUGAAGUCGCACCGCUUCACGGAGCUUCAGCAAGUGCUGGCACUGAACAACGUGCAUUCAGUCGUAUUUAUUUAUAUAACCUGUCUAUGUGAAUCAGCAAACUUCAACAAUAAACAAAAUCUGAUCAUUAGUCCUUAUGAAACUCUGACAUGUCAGCCGUGAUGUAUUAUAUUGAACCUGUAUCUAUGCUUAACCCACAGGCAGUCUCACUGUAUAACUUGUGAUGUAGAAUGCAACUUUUCUACAGUAUUGCACAUGACUGUUGUGAUGGUGUGGGCAUAUGCAUAUAACACAGACAAACAUGCUCUUCUCAGACAGCUAUUGUGUUGCACCUAUAGCUUGUUUGAAAGAAUGAGAUUCAUGUUGUACCAAUAGCAUAUAUAGCAUUCAGCAGCACUACACAUUCCCACAGUGUUCAAAGUUCUGCACACUGUUGGUAUAUUAAGAUUUCUGGUAAUGUUGACAGGGUGUGGUUAAAAUCCAAAUGAACAACCUACGUGUAUUUUUUUUUUUUAAAGCCAACAUUUCAUCUUUCUAAUAUGGUCAUAUGGAAAUGUUACAAGGUCUGUCUGCUCUCACUUACAAAAUGCACUGCUGAGUUUGUCGUAAUGUCACACAGACGCUGCAGUAGAUUAAAUAUUAUGGUUAUGGAGUAAUGUUAAUGAAAUGUAAUGCUAAUGGGGUCUCUUUAAAUAAAAACAUUUUUAAGAAAA